CACAACCACUAUUCUAAGUACCAUUGCAUCAGCUGGUGGUGCCUUUGGUGUCAUUGGCGCCAUUCUUGUGUGCUUAUUUGGAUCCAGCAGUUUGGAUACGUGGGGGUUUGCAAGAAAAAUUGCAGUGUAUCCAUGGUAUUGGGUAGAUAAUUUGAAAAGGGGUUGGGAAAAUAAAUGGGAAAGUUUGAAAAAUAGUUCGAAAAAACAACCAAAAAUCACAAAUGAUGAACAGUUAAAGCUGUUAAUGUCAAAUGCUGAAAUUCAAAGAAAAUUCUUGGAUACUUCAUUUUUUAAUGUGAUUUUUACAGCUAACAAUAAUAAGCAUGGUAGUUAUUUUUUAUUAAAACGAUUAAUAAGCUU